UCGUCCGGGUUUGCAAAAAAAAAAAAAAAAAAACCCAUAGAAAAUCAGAAGAGUCUUCAAGUACGGACUCGGAAGCUGCCUGAAACCGAGCGAUUGAGACACGAUGUCAACGAAAGGAGGAAACCGCGUGCCGGAGCAAGAGGUGCCAGUCGAGGCUUCAAUCAUCCGAAUCCCACCACAUCACUACAUCCAUGUGCUGGAUCAAAACACCAACAUUGCUCGCGUGGAGACUGGACCGCUAACCUACAUCCGGCAGGACAAUGAAAGAGUCCUCUUUGCGCCUGUGCGUAUGAUCAUGGUACCUCCACGACACUACUGCGUGAUCAUCAACCCUGUUGCCCGUGAUGACGACGAUCAGGUCCUGUUUGAUCAGUGCGGUCAGGCUAAGCUUCGCCACGCCGACCUAGAGAUUCGCUUGACCCAGGACCCCUUCCCCCUGUACCCAGGAGAGGAGAUGCAGCAGGACGUGACGCCCCUGCAGAUCGUGUAUCCGGACACGGCGCUGCGUCUCCAGGCUCUGCUGGACUUUGAGGAGGAAGGAGAGAAGAGGGUUGCUGGAGAUGAGUGGCUGUUUGAAGGACCUGGGACCUACAUACCCAGGAAGGAGGUGGUAGUGCUGGAGACCAUCAAGGCGACUGUGAUCACAGAGAACCAGGCCAUAAGGCUGAGGGCACGUAAAGAAGGCGUGGGCCGUGAUGUCGUUCGCCGGGUCACCGGUGAGGAGUGGCUGGUCAAGAAGGUGGGGGCGUACCUUCCAGCCGCGCAUGAGGAAGUCCUUGACAUCGUCAAUGCUUUCAUCCUGACUGAUAAGAAAGCGCUGCAUGUUCGCGCUCUGCGACCCUUCAAGGAUGCCGGUGGGCGGAAUCGGCGUACGGGGGAGGAGUGGCUUGUCACCAUAGCCGACAGGGAGGCCCACAUCCCAUCUGUGGCCGAGGAGGUGGUUGACGUGGUGAACGUGACGACGCUGAGCAGCAGGCAGUACUGUGUGAUCCUGGACCCGGUCGGACCUGAUGGAAAACCGCAGCUGGGCCAGAAGCGGGUGGUGAAGGGUGAGCGUUCAUUCUUCCUGCAGCCAGGCGAGUGUCUGGAGCAUGGCAUCCAGGACGUGUACGUGCUGUCUGAGGAUGAGGGUUUGGUCCUGAGAGCUGUGGAGACCUUCGUCGACACAGAGAAGCAAGAGGAAGAAGAGGAAGAGGAACAGACGGCGGGCAGGGCAAAGCGCUCUCGAACGGGCGGCAUUGUCCGUCGCCCGGGAGACCGCUGGAUGUUGCGCGGUCCCAUCGAGUACGUCCCUCCUGCUACUGUGGAGGUGCUGCUGAAACGGCAGGCAAUCCCGCUGGAUGAGAACGAGGGCAUUUAUGUCCGGGACAUCAAAACGGGAAAGGUCCGGGCGGUAAUGGGUCACACGUACAUGCUGACCCAGGAUGAGGAACUGUGGCAGAAAGAACUUCCCAGUAAUGUGGAAGCCCUGCUGAUGGCUGCUCGAGACCCUCUGGCUGAUCGCUCAGACCGGACCGGUCCCAGUGAGAACAAGCAGAGGGACAAAACCAGAGUGGUCUCCUACCGGGUUCCCCACAACGCUGCUGCCCAGGUUUACGAUUACAGAGAGAAGAAAGCCAGGGUGGUGUUUGGGCCGGACAUGGUGAUGCUGGGUCCAGACGAGCAGUUCACCGUGCUCUCACUAUCCGGGGACAAACCCAAGAGGGCCAACGUCAUCAAGGCCAUCUGCCUCCUGCUGGGGCCUGACUUCUUCACAGACAUGAUUACCAUAGAGACAGCCGACCACGCCCGGCUCCAGCUUCAGCUUUCCUACAACUGGCACUUUGAUAUCAAAGUUCCGGCGAGUCCCGCCGACGCCGCUGCUGUGUUUUCAGUGCCGGACUUCGUCGGCGAUGCUUGCAAAGCCAUCGCUUCACGAAUCAGAGGCGCCGUCGCCUCUGUGCAGUUUGAUGAUUUUCAUAAGAACUCAAACAGGAUCAUCUGCUCGGCGGUGUUCGGCUUCGAUGAGAAAUUGGCGGUUCGUCCCAGUUUGCGCUUCAGCCAGAACAGCCUGGUGAUCAGCAGCGUGGACAUCCAGUCCGUGGAGCCUGUGGACCAGAGGACCCGGGAUGCCCUGCAGAAGAGCGUCCAGCUGGCCAUCGAAAUCACCACCAACUCCCAGGAGGCUGCUGCACGCCACGAGGCGGAGCGACUGGAGCAGGAGGCUCGGGGAAAGCUGGAGAGGCAGCGGAUCACCGACCAGGCUGAAGCUGAAAGAGCCAGAAAGGAGCUGCUGGAGCUGGAGGCUCUCAGUGCUGCCGUGGAAAGUACCGGAGCCGCCAAAGCUGAAGCGCAGUCGAGGGCAGAGUCUGCGCAUAUUCAAGGCGAGGCCGCGGUCAGUGAGGCCAAACUGAAGGCUGAGGCUCAGAGGAUCGAGGCGGAGGCGGAGCUACAGCGGCUGUCUAAGGCUCGCGAGCAGGAGCUGAACUAUAAGAAGGAGUUGGACCAUCUGGAGUUGGAGAAACAGGAACGUAUGGCCCAGAUUGAGACUCAGCACUUCAAAGAGCUGGUGGAGAGUCUGGGCAGCAGCACGCUGGCUGAGAUGGCCCGAGCCGGACCCGAGCUGAAGGUGAAAUUGCUUCAGGCUCUGGGGUUGAAGUCCACAAUCAUCACUGACGGGGCUUCACCCAUCAACCUCUUCACCACCGCCAAUGGUCUGUUGGGGGCGCUGCAAAGCCUUGACCAGUGAAGACGAGCAGGAACAGCCGUCCAAAAGUAAACCUGAACAGGUUUUUGUACCCUUCCUUCACUGUGAUAGAGUACAGCACUGCUUUCUUGUAGGAAUCAGAAAUCUUUAAUUUGAAACGGUUGGGUUUUCACAAAAGUCUGUGAAGCUGGACAUAUUAACCAGCUGAUCUGUCCCCUAGUUUACAAAACAAAACUAGGCCUGCAACUGAUAUCUGUUCAUCUGUCAAUUAUUGUCAUUUAAAAAAAAAAGUCAAUUUUUUUUCUUCAGAGUUCAAAAGACUUCUCUGUAUGUUUGAGUUUUUGCUUUAAAAAAAUUAAAGGUUUUCAAUUAUCAAUA